CCCUGACUUCCACUCAUUUCCCGUUCCCCCCUUUGUUCUGAAUCAUGAUGGCAGAAAUGAAAUUAAAAGCGAUCACAGAGCUGCUUAUUCAUCAGCUUCCACAUAAUUUAAAUGACAAAACACGGUUUCAGUGUGUAUGAAGUAUAAAAGCCGGCUGGCAGCAGCGGGUCGUUGGACAGAUUCCCACUAACACAGAUCGUCAAACAUGGGCAAGAUCAUCUUCUACGAGGACAGGAACUUCCAGGGUCGCUCCUAUGAGUGUCUGAGCGACUGCUCCGACAUGACCUCCAACCUGAGCAGGUGCACCUCCUGCAGGGUGGAGAGCGGCUGCUUCAUGGUGUACGACCGCCCCAACUACAUGGGGAACCAGACCUUCUUGAAGAGGGGCGAGUACGCCGACAACACCUCCAUGGGCCUGAGUGACUCCAUCCGGUCCUGCCGUAUGAUCCCUCAGCACAGAGGCUCCUACAGGAUGAGGAUUUACGAGAGGGAGAACUUCCAGGGCCAGAGCCACGAGCUGAUGGACGACUGCGACAACAUCCAGGAUCGCUACCGCAUGAGCGACUGCCAGUCCUGCAACGUGAUGGACGGCCACUGGCUGAUGUACGAGCAGCCCCAGUUCAGGGGAAAGAUGGUUUAUCUGAGGCCCGGGGAGUACAGGAGCCCCAGAGAUGUGGGGUACAGCGGCAUGAGGCUGAGCUCUGCCAGGCGCAUAAUGGAUUCCUGCUGAAGUGGAGAGAGAGGAAAGGGUAGAUGAAUAAAAAG